GUUAUUCACAAAAUCAAAAUGCUUCAAGAACUCUCAUAAUUAAUAUCAAAAAAGAAGAAGAAAAUGUACAAGACGAAGCUGCAAGAGCUGUGCCAUGAGAAGCGUUGGCGCUUGCCGAGCUACUCCUCCAUGAAAGACGGACCUGACCACAAUCCUCGCUUCAAGUCCUCUGUUUCCGUUAAUGGCCUCUCCUUUCACUCUUCUGUUUCUUCCAAAUCCUAUAAACACUCACAAAACGAUGCCGCCAUGCUCGCUUAUCUCCACUUCACUACUUCUCCAGGUGUUCAACCCAGUGUUGGAGAACCAGAAAUCGGAGAGACAUUUAAGGGUCCUGAGAUCUAUUUGCAAGUUUCACCCGACAAAAACGAUGUGCAAUGCCAAUACAAAUCUCGGCUGCAAAAUUAUGCUCGAUGCAAAAUUCUUGAGUCACCAGUGUAUUAUAAUAUAACGGAGGGCCCUGCCCAUGCCCCUCGCUUUAAGGCUACAGUUACAGUUGAUGGACACACUUUUGAGAGCCUUGAGUUCUUCACAAAUCUAAAGCAAGCAGAACAUGCAGCUGCAAAAGUAGCUUUAACGUCAUUGUCAUUUGAUGGAUUUCAAGAGGUGAGUGCCAAAACUGAAUCCNAGACUGUUUCUUAUGUGCAAUGCCAAUACAAAUAUCGGCUGCAAAAUUAUGCUCGAUGCAAAAUUCUUGAGUCACCAGUGUAUUAUAGUAUAACAGAGGGCCCUGCCCAUGCCCCUCGCUUUAAGGCUACAGUUACAGUUGACGGACACACUUUUGAGAGUCUUGAGUUCUUCACAAAUCUAAAGCAAGCAGAACAUGCAGCUGCAAAAGUAGCUUUAACGUCAUUGUCAUUUGAUGGAUUUCAAGAGGAAGACUAUGGCUUUUACAAGAAUCUCUUACAGGAGUUUUGCCAGAGAGAAGAUCUUUCCAUGCCAGAGUAUAAGACAAAAAAAUCUGGCGCACCUCACAUGCCUACAUUUUUUUGCACCGUGGAAGUAGAAGGUGAGGUUUUUUAUGGGAAGGCAGGGAAAUCCAAGAAAGUGGCAGAGAUCAAAGCAGCAAAAGUUGCUUAUACGGCUUUAAUAGAGAGUGGACAGAGUCAGAGAAAUGGGUUAUCUUCUCCUACCAUUGAGGUGGAUAGAGCUUCGAAAUCUACUUGUAUCUCAGACUUGGCAGUCACUGUUGACUCUGAAAACCUCCAAGAAAAAAGCAGUGUCUCAUCAUCUUUGGUCGCUAAAUAUGCUUAUAAUAGUGAAGAUGACAAAAUGGCUAUCACACAAUUAGUCGAAGAAGUACAUUCAACUGAAAGGAAAAGCAGCUCUGAUGAAUCUAUUCCCUGUAUGGAUGACACGCUGUCUAGCUUUCAUAUGCCCACCUCACCCGAAGGAUGCUCAUUUCCUUCUCCUCCGAUGACGAUGACACAAUUACCUGAUGUGUCUUCUCUCUCAAUUUCAAACUCUAGCGUCGGAACACCUGCAGAAACCAGAAGCUACUUGCUUUGCAACAGGGUGAGGGUUUAUACAUGCAUCCCUGAGAUUAUAUUCCCCAGUGGCAUCACACUGCUGCCAAUUAGUAACAAUCAGUGGGUGGCUGUGAGUUUGGAGUUCCCAAAUGAAACCAAUUAGAAAAUGCAUCUUUCUGGUAACUACGUUUAUCGCCUAUCGAUAUCUUAAUACUACUAAUAAAUGUUCUUCUACAUUGAAAUUAACUUAAAGACUUGUUAUAGGUUUUAUAAGC